AUGUCGUCGAAUCUUCCCUACACUUGCAACACCUGCCUCGUUGCGUUCCACCGCAACGAUGCGCAGCGGGACCACAUGCGCAAGGACUGGCACUUGUACAACAUGAAGCGCCGUAUCGCAUCUCUCCCACCCGUCUCCCAGGAAAUCUUCAACGAGAAGGUUAUUGCCGCUAAGGCGAACUCCACUGAGGCCGCCGCCAAGGCCUCUUUUGAGAAGACCUGCCACGCCUGCCAGAAGGCCUUCUUCAGCGAAAACUCAUACCAAAACCACGUCAAGAGCUCCAAGCACAAGCAGCGUGAGGCCCGCCUCAGCAAGGAAGGAGACAAUGCCUCGGUCAUGAGCUCAGCAUUCUCUGUUGGAGAGCCCGUUGGCAAGGCACGCGAGACCGACAUUUCUAACGUCACUGAUGACCUCAAGUCCGCUACCAUCGCGGAGGACAAGGAGGAUGAGGAGAUGGAGGAGGUGAAGGAUGAGUUCUCCUCAUCACAGUGUCUUUUCUGCCGUACCGAGUCUGCCGACGUCGAGGCAAACGUCGAGCACAUGUUCAAGAACCACGGCAUGUUCAUUCCGGAGCGCAAAUACCUGGUCGAUCUGGAGGGUCUGGUCAACUACCUGUACCGCAAGAUCACUGAAAACCACGAAUGUCUUUACUGCCAUGCCAUCCGCAACAACGCUGACGGUGCCCGGACCCACAUGCGUGAUAAGGGUCACUGCAUGAUCGCCUUCGAGGCCGAAGAGGAACAGAUUGAGAUUGGCCAGUACUACGAUUUCCGCAGCUCUUACUCUGAUGAUGAGGAAGACGAUGAUGACGAAGAUGAGAACAUGGCUGAGGCUGGUGGAGUGAAGAUCCAGUCAUCAGAUGCCGAUGAUGCCGGCUGGGAAACCGAGACCUCUGCCUCCUCUCUGGACGAUGGCGAGUCCCACACACACCGCAAGGCUCCUCUUAUCUACCAGGAUGAGUACGAGCUUCACCUUCCCUCCGGCAAGAGUGUUGGUCACCGAUCGCUUGCCAAGUACUACCGCCAGAACCUGCACAGCCAUCCCAGCCCUGAUGAGCGGGCUGCUCGCCAGCUUGCUAUCGAAAAUGGCGAGAUCGAGGAAGAUGAGCCCAAGUUCCGUGGACGUAACCAGAACCGUGCUCUUAUCUCUCGUGGUAACGGUGGUAAUGGUAUGCUCACUGCCACCGCUGAGCAGAAGAAGACCGCCCUGGUCGCGGAGCGCCGUGAUCGAACUCGCACCAACCGUGCCGUCAACCGCUGGCGCGCUGGAAACGAGAGACAGAACAACUUCCAGAAGCACUUCCGCGAUCCCCUCUUGCAGUGA